GAAGAGCAGGCAACAGCUCUUUAGGGGAUGCCAGAUGUGUGUUCUAAUGGAGAGAACAUUUUGCCUUUGCUGGAGGGUGAAAGGAGCUGUCUGGAUAAGCAUUUUGGGACUGGAGCAGAAAAAGGAUGGCAUUCCAGCUGGGAAGCCUCACAGACCCUGGAUGGAUGCAUGCACCAACUUGGUUUUAGGUGAUGACAGUAAUCCCCAUCUGCAAAUCCCUGUUGUUUGCUAUGAAAAGCCAUUAUGUCAUGCUAACAGUGAUCCAGUGCAAGAGGAAAAAGUUUUCAAGUGUGACAAAUAUUUCUCAGUCACUGAAAGGUUGUCAUUCAAACGGGAACUCAGCUGGUACAGGGGGAGAAGACCAAGAACUGCAUUCACUAGAAACCAGAUUGAAGUCUUGGAAAAUGUUUUUAAAAUGAACUCCUACCCUGGCAUUGAUAUUAGAGAAGAGCUAGCUCGGAAAUUAGAUUUAGAUGAAGACAGGAUCCAGAUCUGGUUCCAGAACCGUCGUGCGAAGCUGAAGCGAUCACACCGAGAAUCUCAGUUUCUAAUGGUGAAAAACACUUUCACCUCCAGCCUGCUGGAGUAGAAAGAAAGAUAGUGUGCUGUUACAUUGCUACAACAGAACGUGAAGAAUUAUUGGAAUUUUCAGAACUUGUAUUAAGUAAUGAUAUAGUAAUGAUGAUUUUAUCCCCAGAUUUGAAAGUUUAUUAUAAUUUUCAUUCAAAUAAACUGUAAAUACUUGAAGUAUUAUUAUAAUCUACUUUUUGUGGAAAAAGUGAACUUUCCAUAUAUUUUUAAUAAGCAAUUUCAGAGAAGUUUAGAUAUUUUUGCAGUUUAAAAAAAUGCAAACCCUAAGU